AUGAAGGAUUUGGGUACUCUCACAUAUUUCUUGGGCCUUGAGAUCUCUUCUAGCUCCGAUGGCUAUUAUCUCUCUCGAGCCAAAUAUGCUUCUGAUCUUCUAGCAAAGGCUAGCCUCACUGACAGCAAAACCAUCUCUAAUCCUCUCGAGCCUAAUGUACACCUCACACCCAUGGACGACACACCUCUUCCCAAUGCCACCUUGUAUCAACAAUUAGUAGGUAGUCUUGUUUAUCUCACUGUUACUCGACCUGACAUUGCACAUGUUGUUCACUUUGUUAGCCAAUUUUUGUCAGCUUCUCGAUCUACACAUUAUGUUGUUGUGCUCCGCAUUCUUCGCUAUGUUAAAGGCACUUUAUUUCAUCGUCUUCACUACUCUUCUAGUUCUGCACUUUUAUUAUGUGCCUAUUCCAAUGCUGAUUGGGCUGGUGAUCUAACUGAUCGUCGCUCUACCAUGAGAUUCUGUUUCUUCUUGGGUGAUUCUCUUAUAUGUUGGCGUAGCAAGAAACAAACCUUGGUCUCGCGCUCCAGCACCAAAUCUGAAUAUUGUGCUCUUGCUGAUACCGCUCAAGAGCUCCUUUGGCUUCGUUGGUUACUUUCAGAUAUGGGUGUUCCUUCUUCUAUUGUCAUUCCCUUAUAUUGUGACAAUCGUAGUGCUGUAUAA